AUGGCGCGUCCACGGCGGACAUCGAGCAAUCUGGGGGGUGAUCCCCGGGGAGACACCAGCGCGCCCGCAUUGGCGACAAUGACAGCACGACCGACUGGGCAGAUUGUUGCAAACGAGAAGGACGGCAAGCCUCACUCGAAGAGACGGAAAGCAAGGUCGGCCUUCCGAAAGUGGAAGCAGAUAUCCCUUCGACACACCUGGUUGAAUCCUCUCAUCCUCACCGUGGCGAUACUCAUUGCCUACUACGUCGCUCCCGGGGAGCAGAACCCUCUUCACAAAGCGAUUUUCUUGUCGUAUAAUGUCGGGCCUGACUACCCUGGUGGGCCGAACAUGUACGGCAAGGGAAAAGCAGAUAUAGCCUUUGUGGCCUUUUACACGAUCGUCCUGAGCUUUACAAGAGAAUUCCUGAUGCAGAGGUUGAUUCGCCCCAUUGCGAUCAGGUGUGGCAUCAGAAAGAGAGGGAAGCAGGCACGAUUCAUGGAACAAGUCUACACGGCCAUCUACUUUGGCAUUUUUGGUCCUUUUGGACUUUAUGUCAUGUCGAGGGGUUCUCUGUGGUACUUCAAUACCACGGCAAUGUUCGAAGGGUUCCCUCAUCGAAAACACGAGGGUGUGUUCAAAGCAUACUACUUGUUGCAAGCAGCCUACUGGGCGCAGCAAGCCCUCGUCCUCAUGCUACAGUUGGAAAAGCCCCGGAAGGACUUCAAAGAGUUGGUCUUCCACCAUAUCGUCACCCUUGCCCUCAUUGGGUUGAGUUACCGCUUUCAUUUCGCCAAGAUGGGGAUUGCGGUCUAUAUCACGCACGAUAUCAGUGACUUUUUCCUCGCGACCUCCAAAACACUCAAUUAUCUGGACUCGAUCAUCGUAGGGCCCUACUACUUUCUCUUCAUGUGUGUGUGGAUUUAUCUCCGCCAUUACAUCAACCUCCUCAUCUUGUGGGCGACCCUCACCGAAUUCCGAACCGUGGGACCUUUCGAGCUGAACUGGGAAACUCAGCAAUACAAAUGUUGGAUUAGCCAGAUCAUCACGUUUUCCUUGCUGGCUUCCCUUCAAGCCGUGAACCUGUUCUGGCUGUUCUUGAUUCUCCGGAUUGCCAAAAAUUUCGUCUUCUCGAAUAUCAGAAGCGAUGAACGCAGUGAGGACGAAGAAGAGGAUGAAGAGAUUGAAAACGCGCCAAACGGAGGAAAGAAUGCUUUGGAGAAUGGCAAGGUCGCCGGAGAUAAACCAGUUGUGCUUGUCAAUGGGAAACCUGUUGAAGGUGUGUCUAAGUCGGAUGGAGUGCGGGAACGGAAGAGGAAGGGCUGA